AUGGCCUCAAAUCCCAUUACAGCUGCAGAUGUCAUCUCUGUUGUCCAUGCAGCGGCAGACCUCACCCAAACUAGCUACUCCUAUGCCUUAGAUGGCGACGGAUGGACAGAAUAUAUAGAAGAGGUGUCUGCCUUAAUCGCUGUUCUAUUUCGAAUUGAACAUGCAAUUCUUGAUAUGGAUAUCACAGAGCUUCUGCCAUCGCAUUCGGAUUCCAUCGAUGGAGAUUUCUUGAGCGACAUCCAUGCCCAGUUAGCCCGUGUCCAUUCCAAGUUGCAGAUGUUGAAUACAGACAAUAUUGGUUUCCAGAUUACGGAGUGGCGGGAAGAUAUCGAGGCGCUCCGCAAGCUUCAAGCGGCAUUUUCCGACCUUCUUUCUUCCUCUGUGAUGUGUGUCUCAAAGACUGAGGUGCCAGAGGUCCAAAUUUCUCGGAUGGCAGCUACAGAAGGGCUUAUUGAUAUCCAAGAAUGGAGCCCAUUGUUUGGAGCAUGCUUCAUCGGUGACCUCGACCGCAUCCGACAGCUACUUUCCAGCAACGAGAACUAUCACAUUCGCACCAAAUUCGGUUGGACGGUUCUACACUGGGCCAUUAUUGGGAAACGCCCAGAGGUUGUUCAAGAAAUCUUCGAGCACCAUGCGCAGUCCCACGACCUUGUCAAUCCCUUUCACCGAAUGAAAGCGGCCCAACUGCUAUCCUACUCUCAGGCCAUUUUUCCUGUGACCCUUGCCAGGAAAGUGCAACACAUCGAUGUAUUCAACUUGGUCGUACAGCACGUAGAGAACCCAAAGAGCACUGUGUUGUUGAACAGGGGUUGGGAACAGGGUAAAUCUGAUGUCAAAAUCCAAGAAGUGCCCAUGAACCCGUGGAGAUCAAUGACCAGGUACGAACGCAUCCACCGUUUCCGGAUCCAGGCCUUGGUUCCCGGCACUAGACCUAUUCCCACGGCAAAUCCGAAGGCGAUCCAGUCCCGCCCUGUCGAAUGGAUCAAACGGACAUCUAAACUGCUAUGUGACGCGAUUCGCGACCAGAAGUUCCCCAUGGUUCAGAUGUUGAUCAGAGCAGGCACAGAUGUGAAUCGCAGUUACGCAUUGCAUAUAGCGUCCUUCCACGAGGACCCUCGUUAUGUGAAGACCUUGCUGGCAGGCGGCGCAGACCCACGGGUGAUCAAUAAGUUGACGGGGCGAACGGCCCUGAGCGAAGCUAUUCUCAACGGGUUUGUCGAUACCGCCGCGGCUCUCAUCGACGGCGGCGCCGAUGUGAACCACACACUGUGUCCUCCCAGCAGUGGGGAGCGGGUGGGCUAUUUAGAACCGCUUGUUGUCAAGGGAUAUCGCAUCGAGAUGAGCAAUCAGGGGGCUACAUCUUUGAUGUUGGCCUGUGGCUUUCACUUCUAUUCCAAACGACGCGUGUCUAAAACGGCCGCCAUCGGCGCACCGCAGCCCCCGGAAACCGCUCUCGAGCUCUUCCGCCUCUUGCUGGCGCGAGGUGCCGAUUCUACCGUGACAGACUCGCUGGGCAUGACCGUUCUACAUUACGCAGUAUUGGAACCAUCCCCAGAACUGAUCGAACUGCUGGUUGACUCGGGCUGUUCGAUCGAGGCGAUUGACCGAGAAGGCCGCACUCCGCUCCAAUAUCUGGCCCUCUGUAACGAAGACGGGUACGAGACUGACAAGCUCGAAAAGGUUGCCCGGUUGCUUUCUGGUCACCAAUCCUCUUCGCCGCUGGCCAAGGAUCUUCUCAAUUACCCGGUCACCAGGGCUGCAGCCUCAGAACAAGACGACCACUCCGAGAACCUCCAACCUCCAUUAAAGAAGGCGCGCUCUUCUCACUUGGUACAAGUUGUCCGACGAAUGAAUCGCAUCUCCUAUGAAGAGGAGGAUGACGAAGCACGCACUCCCAUUCUGUCCGCACUGCUGGCGAAACGAUGGAAGGUAGUACGCGUAUUGGCUGACUUGGGAGCGAUCCAACCCUCCAAACUGGACCUGGAAGCGACACCCAUUCUCGACCAGGUCAUCGAGGCGCUAGAACCCCAGGUCCUUGACUUGAUUCUUGCCCAGGGCAUUAUCCCGUCUGCUGGCUCAAUUCUGGCCCUUGUCCGGUCAUUCAUUUCCCACCGCGUCGAUCCAAAGGCAGCUGAGGAUACAGAUCAUAUCGAUUAUACAAAGCUCUGCGCGAAGUUCCAUCAUAUGCUCGCCGCUCUCGCAUCAGCCGGAGCUGAUAUCAACUAUCGUGAGACCGCCGAGGAGGCGGCCUCAGGAACGACGCCGGUGGUUCUCGCUGCCACGAUUCCUGGAUCCCGUCAAAUUCUCCCAGCUCUCCUGGCCCUCGGCGGGGAUCUCUAUGCGCUGUCGACGCAGUACUUUGACGCUCUCCGCGCUGCUGUGGUAUAUGGAGAGCCCGCGGAUCUAUCUUUCCUCGUAAAUCACGCUCUCCGGCAUCCGAAUGCCUCGCAUUGGUCUCACCAGCUGGCCCAGACCCCAGAGGAAGACAACCUACUGGCGCAGAUCUGCAGCUGUCUCGAAGAAGCUGGUCUCCUUGACAGCACCAACCACCACGGCCGCACCCUUCUGCACCUGGCCGCCGAGCAAGACCACACCUCGCUCCUCGUCGCCCUCCUCGCCCACAACGCCAGCCCUAACAUCCGAGACCAAGAGGACUAUCUCGCGCUCCAUCGCGCCGGCUUCGCCAAACACGCCCAAGCAUUCACACAGCUCCUCCCCUCCUCCCUCUCCUCCUCCUCCCUCACCGACCUCCUCCUUUCCCCCGUCGACGAAAAAGACCAAGUCAACCUCAUCGACCACGCCUUCCUCCACCUCGCCACCCCCCUCAUCACUGCCCUCCUCCAACACGGCCUCUCCCCCAACCACACCGUACACCCCCGCCACUCCGACCCCAGGCCCGCCCUCUACCUUGCGACCUCCCGCAACGCCCACGACAUCGUUACCCUCCUUCUCGCCUCCGGCGCCGACCCCAACACCCCCGACUCCUUCGGUUGGCGCCCGCUCCACGUCGCCAGCCUCAGCGGCUACUCUGAUAUCUUCUCAACCCUCCUAACCGCCGGUGCCGACAUCCAUGCGUGCACCAGGAGCUGGAACACCUCCGCCAUCAAACCCACAGGCCUCUACGUCGGCAGCCCCUGGCACGGCACCCCGCUGCAUCUCGCCGCUAUAGGCGGCCACGUCGACCUCGCCACGGCCCUUCUCGCACGCGGCGCAGAUAUCCAUGCCGAAACCAAGGCCAGCAGUAGCAGGCUGUACUUCGUGCCGGGCCACGGGCCGACCGCGCUGCAUCUGGCGUUAGACACGGGCACGUUCUACGGGCGGCCGCACACGGCGGAGGCGGGGCGGGUCCGGGUUGCGGGGAUCUUGGUGGGUGCGGGGGCGCGCGCGCGGGGGUUGUUGGGGCAGCCCGGGCUGGCGCGGGCGGUACGGUUGGCGAAGGUGCCAGGGCUGUGGGAUGCGCUGCUGGCGAUGGAGUUGGAAGGGGAAAUGGAUGGGGAUAGGAACGGAAUGGGUAUCUGA